AUGACUCUUGCAAGCAUGGAAGAAGUUGUAAACAGGGAAGAAGAUUCAGAUGAGAUUACUGAUUAUCAGAAGGUUGCACUUGCUUAUGUACCUGAUCGUGCAUCUAAGAUGAUUGCAAGAUUCAAUUUCGAGGGCGCCUUCUUUUUGGCCCCAAAUGCACAACAAGUGUCUUUGGCACCAUGGAUCUGCAACCAUAUCGAUAAACCCCUGGCGGAAAUUUCUCUGACCGUGCUUGUGUUGCUAUCUCUUUUUCACCAACUUGUAGCUCAAAUCCACAUCGACAUAGACAAGGGUCUGGUCAGACUAAUUUAUAUGCGACAUGUUGUGGAGCUAAUCAAAGGAGAGCCGAUGAUGUUCAAGUCCAUUCAAAUGUGUUAG